GUUAUAUGCAUUCCUCCAAAUACCUUUCUUUCUUUUUCAUCAGAACAAAGACAUUUCUACAGAUUUGGAACAACUGGAAGGUGAGUAAAUGAUGACAGAAUUUUCGUUUUUGGGUGAACUGUCCCUUUAAUUGAUUGCUUAACAUAUAGGCCCACAGGUGAUCUGUAUUGAACAUGUUGAUUAGACUUGCCCUGUGUGUGCUUUGGUACGCAUCUGUGGUAAAACGUCUAACUCGCGAUGUAUUACAAACCUAAAACAUUCAUUUCAUUCUUCGUAUUAUCAACAAUAACACAUCAUCUCAGCGCUUUCAAACCUCUGCUAAACUGUUUUGGAAAUGUCAUGACUUUAACAACUCGUGGGAGAGAAUACACGCACAUCCUUGUGGACCGAGCGGGUGCGUCCCCAUUAUAUUUGUUCCAGUUGCCUUCAUACUGUGGUUAUGAUGUCAAAGUCACACGGAGAGCUCUUUUGCUCAUGGCACCGUUUGAUGGGUGUUACAUCACACAAGAGGAUGGAGAGAACCGGCUUGUCAUCAUCGUGGAUGGAAAGCAGUUCACCCUCUCUUGUCCAUUUCCUCACCAUCUUUCUGCAUUUCACCCCUACCUUCAUUCACAUCCAUUCCAUCAUCCGCUGCAGCCCAAUCUGAAGCGAAAACCUUUUAUCCCACAUGUUCCUGGUUCUAUACGAGUUAUUGGUACCAUGCGCCAUCCUACAACACCGCUUAAACCAGAGACAUCUAAACCCCCUGCGGUUCCUUAUGAACCACCCUUGGUAACUCCACCCAUCCACCCAACUAAUAUUUACCAGCACCCAAUACCAACUCGUGUUUCCCAAAACGACAUCCCUGGGUUUUCCACCUUCAUUCAUCCUACUAUAUCUCAUGGUACCAAUGAAGAAGAGCAAACUGACCUGUUGCCCCAAAUUCCCAUCUCUCCUCCCACUGAACAACCUUCCAAGGUCACGUCUCCAUCACUUAUUUGCACAAGGAACAGAAUGACGGCUACUCUGCCCUCCGCAAAAAUGGCCUCCAUUAAAGUCAAAGAAACAAAGACAGACAGCUGGAUGUCAAUUGCAUCGGUUCCGGCGUCCUGUAAUUACACACUUCGCUCAAGGAGUGGUGCUGUUGUGCUCUCGUCACCACUGCCGGCCUGUCACACACAAAAACUGUCGUCCUCUGUGACCUCUCUCUUCAUACGCUUCUGGGAUUCCUCUCAGAUGCGAACCCGAACCAUACAUCUUCAGUGUCGGCACGCGCUUCUUCCCGACGCGCUCGAACCUUUCCAUCAGAUCAUACCUCGCACUACAAGCACGCCCGCAUCUGCUCGACAACCCCCUAACGUUCAGGUGUUGUGUUCCAGCCAACAUAUGAGCGUAAAAGUGCCGCCUGGACCGAUAUUCAGUCUCUUGGUUGAAGCCCCCUCCAGUGGCAUCAAAACGCAAAUUAAAGCCGUGCCCCUUUUGGAGGCCGCGAGUCAUUGUGGCUACUCUCUGAAAAGAGACAAAGACGGUGCCUUUAACAUCCUUCUGCCUUAUUCUUCCUGUCACAUGACUCAGCAGGAUGGGCAACACAAAAUUAUAUUGAAAUAUGAGACGCCGGAUGGACGUCCUGUCGAGACGUUGCUGUCGUGCCAAGCUUCUGACAGUCAGGAGUGCAACGUGAUCCCUGACCAGCAGCUGGUUUGUGGAUCUGGGGCUUUAUCGUCAACAGAAUGCCAUGACAAAGGUUGCUGUUAUUCUUUAGACACCCAGCUGUGCUAUUACCCUAUGGACGAAUGCACGGCAGAUCAUCAUUUUGUUUUCUCGGUUAACUCCUCCGUGGCAAAUCCGCCCCUUUCCCCGUCCACCCUCGUCACUGCUGGUAACAGCUCUUGCUCACCCGAGAAAGUUACCGCUGACUUUGCCUUGUUCAAGAUACCGCUGGAUGAAUGCGGCGUCCACCGAUAUGAGGUGGGUAAAACGGUCAUCUACAUGGUCGAGAUCCUGAAUCGAGUGCAGUCUGUCAGUUUAAAUUACGGCACCAUCACCAGAGACUCGCCUGUAAGGUUGUUGGUUGAGUGUCGCUAUUAUCCCGGCUCUGUGGUAAGCGUGGGAUACCUGGUGAAAAGUCCUUCCCUCGGACCUGCUAUCAAAGCUCAGGGGGUGUUUGGUGUUCAGCUCAGAAUCGCAAAAGAUGAAUACUACAACGACUUUUACCCACAAUACCACCAGCCCCUGCGUAUGCUGCUGGGGAAACCCCUUUAUCUGGAAGUGCGCUUGAUGAACCCUCCGGACCCCACUGCUUUGCUGCUGGUGCAUUACUGUGUUGCUUACCCACGCUCCGCAAAAUCUGCAUGGAUCCUUAUUUACGAUGGGUGCCCAAACUCUCUCGACCAAACUCCAACCCACACGCCACCGGCCACACCUGCGGAAGCUCUGACCAAUCAAGUUCGGCGAUUCACUGUCACUACGUUCAAGUUCCUGCCUGAAGAUGACAGCUUACAAACGAAUGAGGAGAUUUAUUUUAUGUGUUCAACUGAGGUUUGUCUGCCAUCAGACGGUCCAUGCAUUGAAGGGUGCUUUGAAGAUCCUGCAAACGUGAAGUCUUGACACAAGACUGAGCUCGGAUGAAUGCACUCUCUUUUUGGACAAAUGUGCACAGUCACAACCGCAAACAAUAAAACUUUGAAACGCU